AUGAGGAUCAUCAUCAAGGGAGGUGUGUGGAAGAACACGGAAGAUGAGAUUCUGAAGGCUGCGGUGAUGAAGUACGGCCUCAAUCAGUGGGCUCGUAUUUCGUCGCUGUUGGUGCGAAAAUCGGCGAAGCAAUGCAAGGCGCGCUGGUACGAAUGGCUGGACCCGAGCAUCAAGAAGACCGAAUGGAGCCGCGAGGAAGAAGAGAAGCUGCUGCAUUUGGCUAAGCUGAUGCCCACCCAGUGGCGCACGAUCGCCCCCAUCGUGGGGCGCACGCCGGCGCAAUGCCUCGAACACUACGAGAAGCUGCUCGACGCUGCACAGCAGAAGGACGCCGAAUUCGAUUCUGCCGAUGAUCCUCGUCGUCUGCGACCGGGAGAGAUCGACCCCCAGCCCGAGACCAAGCCGGCUCGGCCCGACCCGGUGGACAUGGACGAAGAUGAGAAGGAGAUGUUGUCUGAAGCGCGAGCGCGUCUCGCCAACACGAAGGGUAAGAAGGCCAAGAGGAAGGCGCGCGAGAAGCAGCUGGAGGAGGCUCGACGAUUGGCCGCCCUUCAGAAGAAGCGCGAGCUGAAGGCUGCCGGUCUACACAUCCCCGAGAGGCGACGCAAGAUGAAGGGCAUCGAUUACCUCAAGGAAAUCCCCUUCCAGAAGAAGGUGCCCUCUGGCUUCUACGACACGAGCCGCGAGCUGGGCGAGGAGAGGAAGCGCCGCGCCGAUCCCAACUUCGUCCCUGUCGCACUUCAACGUCUCGAGGCUCGUCGCCGCGAUGAGGAGGAAGAGCGCCAGCGCAAGAAGGACGCUCGUAAGGUCACCAUGCGCAAGAUCAAGGACCUGCCUGCCGCCAUCGGCGACGCCGAGAUGGAAGAGAUUGCCAAGCUCGGUGCCAGCGCCCCACUUCCCCUCGAGGAAGGCAGCGGCGCCACUCGCCUCCUCCUCGCCGACUACUCGGCUGCUCCCACUCCCACCCCUCUUCGCACGCCCGCACGCGACAUGCGCACUCCCUCGCGGCAGGACACCGUGCUGCUCGAGGCACAGAACCUCAUCGCCCUCACGCGCGGCGAGACCCCGCUCAAGGGCGGCGAGAACACACCUCUCCACCCGAGCGACUUCAGCGGCAUCACACCUCGCCACGUCGAAGUCCAGACGCCCAACGUGCUCGCCCUCGCCACUCCCGGCCGAGCGCCCGACGGCGGUGCCACGCCGGUCAAGGGCGGACGUGCGCUGAGCGUUUCGGCAACGCCGGGCCGAGCCGGCGCCACGCCGCUGCGCACGCCCCUCCGCGACGGCCUGCACAUCAACGAGCCCAUCGAGGGCGACAGCAUGGCGCUCUCGACGCCGCUCAUCGAGAAGCAGCGGCAGCAGGCCGUGCGGCAGCAGUUGCGCAUGGGUCUCUCGUCGCUCCCCGCUCCCAGCAACAAGUACGAGCUGCUCAUGCCCGAGAUCGAAGAUGAGGAGGAGGACGCCGAGGCCCAGAUGGUGGAGGACUCGGAGGACGCCCUGCAGCGAAAGCGCGACGAGGCCCGAGCACAGGAGGAGCUCAAGCUGCGCCUCCGCUCGCAGGUGCUCAAGCGUGACCUGCCCAGGCCGCUCGGCGUCAACCGGGCUUUCCUUGAGACCGACGACUCCGCCACCGACGAAGAGUUGCGCAAGGCCGACGAGGAGACACGACGCGAGAUGCUCCUGAUGCUCAUCCACGAAGCCGUCGAGUACCCCAUCAAGGGCGGCGAGGCCCCCAAGGCCCACCCGCCAUACGAGCAGAUGACCGAGGACGAGCUCACCGCUGCGCGCAAGCUGCUCAUGGACGAGGUCGCCGUUACCACCGCCCACAACGGCCGCGUGCCGCCCGAGGUCUACGCGCGAGUGUGGGAGCAGGUGAGCCAGGAGUACGUCUACGUGCCGGCCAAGAAGCGCGCCCUCCCCGUCUCGUCCCUCUCCGGCGACGAGCGGCUCGCCGCGCUCCGGGCCAAGCUCGACGCCCUGCAGGCCCAGGCCAAGAAGGAGACCACCAAGGCCGCCAAGCUCGAGAAGCGCCUGGCCGUCUACAACGGCGGCUACCAGAACCGAGCCAACGCCCUUCACAAGGAGAUCCUCGAACUGUACAUGAACCUGGACAAGGCCACCGUCGAGCUCCGCUGCUUCGAGGCCCUGCGCGGCAUGGAGGAGCGCGCCCUCCCGGCACGCCUCGCCGCGCUCGACGACGAACUCGACGCCCUCCGCGCCCGCGAGGACGCCCUCCAGCGCCAGUUCGCCGACCUGUCCGCCCUCCACCGGCACUCGGCCGCCGUCGCCGCCUUCUCUUCCUAA